GGGGGGGGGCGUGAUGAUGCGCUUUUUGCUCAGUGCCGCUGCAUCGAGCCCUGAGGGGGCCACAUGGGAUUCACCUCCGGCGCCUCUUCCACGUUAGAUUCUCGCGCGGGACGUAAUUGACUGAUGCGCGCGCGUCUCCGGGGACCCGCGUGCUGCUUUCGCUGCUUAAUUGGCCCGAUGAUGUAGAGCCGAGUCCACCUGGAUCCGACGUGGUGGCGAAGCUGGCUCCCCUGUGACUUCUGCGCAUGUUUAUUCCCAAGGCCCCCUCCACCCCCCCUCUCCCCCACCGCCCCCCCGCCCCUCCCCUCCCCUCCGUUGGGUCUUGCUUUGGAGAACCUCAUCUGUACUUUAUUGAUUUGUAUGUGGGUGGUCAGUUUUGGGGACCUAUGGGAAGCCUAACCUAUGACGGACCCUGCGGGACUCGAUAGUUUCCGGGAUUGUCCGGUGGAGCUGAACUUCGUGUGCCGGUGGAGGCGCGUUGCCUCCCGGUGCCCGACAUGUCCAGAUCAAACAGCGUCAGCCCGCCCGGAGCCGGUGCGCCCGGGCCGAGGGGAGGGACCGAGCACAGAUCCGCCUGGGCAGAGUCGGAGUCCGUGGCCAACGGGUGCCCAUACCCGGCCAGGUCCCCGCGAGAGAAGCCCCCCCGGACCAGCAGUCGGUGGCGGGAGGAGGAUGAGCAGGAGCCCCGGCGGCCCGGGAGAACCGCCACGACGACCGUCAGCCGCGUCAGCUUCAGGUCCCGCUCGGCUUGGCAGGACCAUGGCGAGGAGAGACCGACGCGUCCCGACGGCGAGGUGCGACCCAAGUCCGUGGAGUUAGGUCUGGAGGAGCGGGGGGCCAAGCCGAGGGCCGACGAGGGGGGCGAGGUCAUGCCCGAGGUGAGCUUCUCUCUGGCGGCCUGCUGCUCCGGCGUCAUGCACAUUUUCAAAUCCAAGAAGUUCCAGUCGGAGAAGCUGGAGCGUCUCUACCAGCGCUACUUCUUCCGCCUGAACCAGAGCAGCCUGACGAUGCUCAUGGCGGUGCUGGUCCUGGUCUUCACCGUCAUGCUGGCCUUCCACUGCUCCGGCGCCGGGCCGGCGAGGCCCAGCGCCGCGUACGUGUCGGUGUUCUCCGUGGCCAUCUUCCUCACGCUCGUCCUCAUGGUGGUGUGCAACCGGAACGGGUUCCACCAGGACCACAUGUGGAUCGUGUGCUACGUGGUGAUCCUGCUGGUGCUGGUGGUGCAGGUGGUCGGGGUGCUGCUGGUGCGCCCCAGGAGCGCGUCCGAGGGCAUCUGGUGGACUGUGUUCUUCAUCCACGUCAUCUACACGCUGCUCCCCGUGAGGAUGCGCGCCGCGGUCAUCACCGGAGUGAUUCUGUCCGCCGUCCACGUGUCCGUGUCCUGGGUGCUGAACGGCGUGGACAGCUUUCUGUGGAAGCAGAUCGUGUCCAACGUGCUGAUCUUCUCCUGCACCAACAUCGUGGGGGUGUGCACCCACUACCCCGCCGAGGGCUCCCAGAGGCAGGCCUUCCAGGAGACCAGGGAGUGCAUCCAGGCCCGCCUGCACUCGCAGAGGGAGAACCAGCAGCAGGAGCGUCUUCUGCUCUCAGUGCUUCCUCGCCACGUUGCCAUGGAGAUGAAGGCCGACAUAAACGCCAAGCAGGAGGACAUGAUGUUUCACAAGAUCUACAUCCAGAAGCACGACAACGUCAGCAUCUUAUUUGCAGACAUCAAGGGUUUCACCAGCCUGGCGUCUCAGUGCACGGCUCAGGAGCUUGUGAUGACGCUCAACGAACUCUUCGCCCGCUUCGACAAGCUGGCAGCGGAGAACCACUGCCUGCGCAUUAAGAUCCUGGGCGACUGCUACUACUGCGUCUCCGGGCUUCCGGAGGCCCGGGCCGACCACGCCCACUGCUGCGUGGAGAUGGGGAUGGACAUGAUAGAGGCCAUCUCGCUGGUCCGUGAGGUCACCGGGGUCAACGUGAACAUGCGGGUGGGCAUCCACAGCGGCCGGGUGCACUGCGGCGUGCUGGGACUCAGGAAGUGGCAGUUCGACGUCUGGUCCAACGACGUCACGCUGGCCAAUCAGAUGGAGGCGGGGGGGCAGGCCGGGCGCAUCCACAUCACCAAGGCCACGCUGAACUACCUGAACGGGGACUACGACGUGGAGGAGGGCGCGGGGGGGGAGCGGAACGCCUACCUGCUGAAGCACCACAUCGAGACCUUCCUCAUCGUGGGCUGCAGCCAGAAGCGGAAGGAGGAGAAGGCCUUGAUCGCCAAGAUGAACCGGCAGAGGACCAACUCGCUGAGUCACAACAGCGGCCACUGGACCGACCGGCCCUUCUACAACCACCUGGGGGGCCACCAGGUCUCCAAGGAGAUGAAGAGAAUGGGAUUUGAAGACCCCAAAGACAAGAACUUCAUUUUCAGAAACGCUCAGGAGAACCUGAACCCGGAGGACGAGGUGGACGAGUUCCUGGGACGCGCCAUCGACGCCCGGAGCAUCGACCGCCUGCGCUCUGAACACGUCAAGAAGUUCCUGCUCACCUUCAGGGAGCCCGACCUGGAGAAGAAGUACGCCAAACAGGUGGACUCCAGGUUCGGGGCCUACGUGGCGUGCGCCUCCCUCGUCUUUCUCUUCAUCUGCUGCAUCCAGAUCGUCAUCGUUCCAGUCUCCGGGCUGAUGGCGGCCUUCUUCGCGGCGGCGCUGCUCGUCCUGGCGGCCGUCAUGUUGGUGUCCACCGUGUACUGCUGCUUCGGGGUGUUCCCCGCGGCCCUGCAGAGGCUCUCCAGGAGGAUCGUGCGCUCCAGACUGAACAGCACGCUGGUGGGCGUCUUUACCAUCAUCGUCGUCUUUCUCUCCGCCUUCAUCAACAUCUUCACCUGCAGCAGCCUGGACCUGCGGAGAUGCCUCGGGGCGGAGCUUAACAUCAGCCUGGCCACCGCCUGCGACGCCCGCCUCCUCAACGUCAGCCUGGACGCCACGCUCAGCCCGUGUGGGGGCCACGCCCUCGUCUGCAGCUUACCUGAGUACUUCUCCUCCUGUGUGCUGCUCAGCCUGCUGGCCUGCUCCGUCUUCCUGCAGAUCAGCAGCAUCGGGAAGCUCUUCCUCAUGCUCUUCAUCGAGCUGCUCUACCUGCUCGUCAUGGAGGUGCCCAAAGUGAGCCUCUUCGACAACCAGGACCUGCUGGUGACGGCCAACGCCAUCGCCGCCGCCGCCGCCAACCACACGAAUGGAACGAGCUGUGACGUGGACUCUAAGGUUCCUCUGAAAAUCAUGACCCCGGUGGUCAUCACCGUCUUCGUCCUCGCCCUCUACCUUCACGCCCAGCAGGUGGAGUCCACCGCCAGACUGGACUUCCUCUGGAAGCUGCAGGCCACUGAGGAGAAGGAGGAGAUGGAGGAGCUGCAGGCCUACAACCGCCGCCUGCUCCACAACAUCCUGCCCAAGGACGUGGCCGCCCACUUCCUGCAGCGCGAGCGCCGCAACGACGAGCUCUACUACCAGUCGUGUGAGUGCGUGGCCGUCAUGUUCGCCAGCAUCAGCAACUUCUCAGAGUUCUACGUGGAGCUGGAGGCCAACAACGAGGGCGUGGAGUGUCUGCGGCUCCUCAACGAGAUCAUCGCCGACUUCGACGAGAUCAUCAGCGAGGACCAGUUCCGCCAGCUGGAGAAGAUCAAGACCAUCGGCUCCACCUACAUGGCGGCCUCCGGCCUCAACGACUCCACCUACGACCGGGCGGGGCGCUCGCACAUCCGGGCGCUGGCGGACUACGCCAUGAGGAUGAUGGACCAGAUGAAGUACAUCAACGAGCACUCCUUCAACAACUUCAAGAUGAAGAUCGGCCUGAACAUCGGGCCCGUGGUUGCCGGGGUGAUCGGCGCCAGGAAGCCUCAGUACGACAUCUGGGGGAACACGGUGAACGUGGCGAGCCGCAUGGACUCCACCGGUGUGCCGGAGCGGAUCCAGGUGACUGCAGACAUGUACCAGGUGCUCAGCUCCUACAACUACACCCUGGAGUACAGGGGGCUGGUCACAGUGAAGGGCAAAGGGGAGAUGAUGACCUACUUCCUCACUGGUGGCCCCCCGAGCAGUUAACCUCCCCCUCCAGUGAGACGUGGACUCACCUUUUGGGGGGGAGCCUCUGGCGGGCUGACGGACCUCUGAUGGUUUAAAGCGGACAGAGGCAGACUUCUCACACGUUGACCUUCUGGAACUGAGGCCACAUGGUGGACGGCUCAGGAGGCUCCUCCCCAGCCCGGGGGGAGGGGGGUGGGGCGGGGGGGUGGUUGGCCUGAAUCUGACCAAAGAUGUCCAAUCGGUGGAGACAUUUGUUGCUGGAGGACACUUUCAUGUUUGGCCUCCUGGACAACAUGAGUGUGCGUGUUUGUAUUUUUAUGGGCUGUGUACUAUGUCUGAACUCACCCCCCUCCAUGUUGUCAUGGUAACGGUACGAAUGGUGGAGGUCGUGACCCCCCCCAGAGGCCUGGUCAACGAACCGAUAAAAACACAAAAGAUGUCCAAGAGGAGCCUUUUUAAUCCUGACAUUUUUGUAUUUCGACCAUUGGAACACCAGACCCCCCCCAUCCCCAGAUAUUUUCAGAUUCUAUAUUUUGUACAUUAAUAUAUUUACAGACCGGCAUGUUCCGCAUUGCCCGCUGUUAGCUUAGCGCUGCGCCUCACAGCAGAGCCCCCCCCCCCCCCCCCCUUCAUCAGAUGGUACGACCCAAUGAAUGUCCAACAUCUCCAAGAGGCCUUUCAAUAUGAUGAUGAAGAUGAUGAUGAGGCUCAUUCUGCUGUUUGGUGAUGUCACGGCGUUACUCGACAUGACAUCACGUGGUACCAAACGCAACAGCUGGUUCUGUUCGUCUGGGCCGAGUCACGUGAAAAACACGAGACAGGAGAUGGUUUCAUAUUUUGAGAAUAUUUAGAAAUACGAGAUCAAAGUUUAAAAGAUGAAGACGAGCCACAUCCAACUAAAUCAGCUUUUAUUUGUUUAAUGCAUGUUUAUGUUGUUUGAAUCAAAUUAACUAAAAAAAUAAUUAGAUAAGACAAUAAAAUUAUACUUACUGUUUGAAUAGUUUGUGAUUAAAUCUCACGGAGCUGCUACCUGAGCUCUGAUUGGCCGGCUCUUGGCAGAAGUGCGACCAAUCAGCUCGGGCUUCACCUUCGUGGAUCAAACUUUCGAAUGAACCCGAUCCACAAACUGAAAGUUAAGAGCAUUUUAAAAAUGAUUUGCCUGCUCCAUUUUAUAAUUUUGUUUGAGUCACAAAUACAUUGUUUUAUAAUUGAAUGCAAAUAUAAUUAAACAAGUUGUAAAAGCUUUAAAAAAAGAUAACCAAUUAUUUGUUCCUAUAAUGAAAACAUCCUUUGAGAGACGUCUCCUACUCUGCUCAGAAAUGAGCUUUUCUCCCAAUGCUGCGUACCAUCAGAACCACUAAUGCUCACACUGGAGGAGGCGGGGUCAGAGGUCAAGUUCAUGAUGGGUUCAUUUUGCGCUUUUGUUUUUCUCAAAUGAACUGCAGAAGUGUUUCACAGGUACGUCUCAGCUUGUUCCUGCUCAGGUAGACUCACCUGGAGGAAAGGUAGGUUGUGGGUUCCAGUCCCAGGUAGAACGGUGAACGACUGCACGCUUCCUACAAACAUGAUCCAUAGAGGCCCGAGGGACUCUCCAGCAGGGGGCAGCAGCGCUGCACCUCUCGGCUCCUUUAUUGCCUCUGAUGGAGGAAGCUAAAUGCUAAUCUCAUGAUUAAUAUCCACAUUCAAAGUGAGUGAAUGAACAAAGGCUGAUGAUAAAAGCUUCAUUGGAUA